ACCGGCGCCCCGGGUUGCGGUGAAGGGGCGCUCCCCCACCUGCCGCUCAGAGGGCAGGAGGGAGAGGGGGGCGGAGCGGCUCCCAUCCCAUCGCCUUCGGGAAGCAGCCGCGGGUGGGAGCGGCCGCCGCCUCUGCCCGCGGGCUGGGGGCGAUGGCUCCCUGCCCACCCAGCGGCCACCCGGGAUGAGCCGUGGGCGAGCCCGGCUGCGAAGGGGGAAGUUGAAGGCUGUGUCCCCGGCGGGUCGCUCGGCCGGCUGCGAGGGGGCGGGCGGCGCCGGGCGCCCGAGGAGGAGCCCGAGCAUUCCCGCGGCGGGGACAGCCGGCGAACGGGCGGCGGGCGGUGUGGCUUCAUGGGCUGCUCACGCCAACAUGGUGCUCGCCCUCAACGGCAGCCACCUCUACGGUAACCUCCGGCCCCUGGUCCUGGAGGACCCGCGGGCGCUGAGCGGCGGCAGGAUGAUCGCCGGCUCCUGGCCCCCGCGCAGCCUGGCCAAGCUCGGGCCGUCUCCUGCCCCGUCGGCGCUGCCCACGGCGAGCCCUCUCCCAGCCAACGACUCCCAGUGCGGAGAGCAAAUCCUCAGCUACGGCAACGUGGAGAAAGUUCUCAUCGGGGCCGUGCUCUGCCUCAUCACCCUUCUGACCAUCGCCGGCAACUGCCUGGUGGUGAUCUCUGUCUGCUUCGUGAAGAAGCUGCGGCAGCCCUCCAACUAUCUCAUCGUCUCGCUGGCCCUGGCAGAUCUCUCGGUGGCCCUGGCCGUCAUGCCCUUCGUCAGCGUCACCGACCUUAUCGGCGGCGAGUGGAUCUUCGGGCGCCUCUUCUGCAACGUCUUCAUCGCCAUGGAUGUCAUGUGCUGCACGGCCUCCAUCAUGACCCUCUGCGUGAUAAGUAUCGACAGGUACCUGGGAAUAACAAGACCUCUUACGUACCCUGUAAGGCAGAAUGGGAAGUGUAUGGCCAAAAUGAUCCUGUGUGUAUGGCUUUUAUCUGCCUCUAUCACUAUACCCCCGCUCUUCGGUUGGGCCCAAAAUGUAAAUGAUGAAAAGGUUUGUCUGAUCAGUCAAGACUUCGGCUACACCAUUUACUCCACAGCAGUUGCAUUUUAUAUCCCCAUGUCAGUGAUGCUUUUCAUGUACUAUCAGAUUUACAAAGCUGCCAAGAGGAGUGCUGCUAAACACAAGUUUACUGGUUUUCCCCGUCUGGAAGAAACGGAAGGGAUUUCUAUGAAUGGAAUUGUAAAACUGCACAAGGAAUCUGAAGAAUGUGCUAAUUUUUCACGACUCCUAAAGCACGACAAGAAAAACAUUUCCAUCUUUAAAAGAGAACAGAAAGCUGCCACUACCCUUGGGAUUAUUGUUGGGGCUUUCACUGUCUGCUGGCUGCCCUUUUUCCUCCUCUCAACUGCAAGGCCCUUUAUCUGCGGGACGUCAUGCAGCUGUAUCCCACUCUGGGUUGAGAGAACAUUUCUAUGGUUGGGCUAUGCAAACUCUCUCAUUAACCCUUUUAUAUAUGCCUUCUUCAAUCGAGACUUGAGGACAACUUAUCGCAACCUCCUGCAGUGCAGAUACAGGAAUAUCAACCGGAAACUGUCAGCUGCAGGGAUGCAUGAGGCUCUGAAGCUUGCAGAAAAGCCAGAAUUUGUUCUGUAAGGAGGAGUUCUGAUUUCUCCAGGGAAAAAGAGUCAUGACCAAAUGUGCUUUAAAGCAGCCAGAAUAAGCCAAGCCAGAACAGGAAGAAGAAAAAUGAAGAGUUGGCUUCUAAAGAUCUGGAUAGAUUUAUGAAGCAUACUUCAUCUUCUUUUGAUGGAAAUGUGCUAAAAAUACUCCAUGAGCUCGAUACAUUACAUUAAUACAUUUCUGUUGGAAGCAGUCACAUCUUGUUUGUUAUGAAGGAAAGUGCUGCUAUACACAAAUGAAAAUAGUUUUCUGCCUGAGAAAGCCAAGCCAUUUCAGCAAUAAGAGUUUGGCACACAGGGUUGAGAAACAAACAUGCAACUAAAACUCAAAGAUCUAGCAUUGUACAGAUUUCUACCACAUUAAACAAUGUAGAAGAGUAUUCAUAUGUUUACCAUGCUCAUGGAUCAUAACAUUAAUAUUAAUAUUCAGGGAUUUUCAGUGAUACUGAAUGUAUUUUGGUGCACUACAAAAAGAGAUUUUCAGGCAAAUUCUGGCUCUAUGGAUGCUUUCAGGGCUUGUGUUAGAGAUGCCAUGCACCUGGAAUGGGAUUGAGAACAACAACAAUAAAAGACCAAUUUUUGUAAAAACAUUCAAACAUUCUAUUGUACUAAGUAAAUGCCUGUUACUUGUUAACAUACAUGUGGUUUGUUCUCCCAAACCUUUUAAAAAAGCUGCUUUCAGUUAUGCUGUGACAAAAGUUAAGAGACAGAAUUAGAACGCACGUGUAUUACACCACAGCUAAUUUACAAAUAUGAUUGCUUUGAUUUAAUGUAAUUUUCAUGACCUACCAAUUUACAAAUUUCUAUAAUUUCAACUCAAAUAAGUAUAAAAGGCUGGAGAAUGUCCAUAGUUCUUUGCUUUUUAUCUUACUGAGUAGCUAGAGAGAGAUUUAAAACAUUUAUUAUUUUAAAAAAUGUGUUUAAGAAGUAUUAUUUCUGCCAAUUUUUUUUAUGAUUAAAAUAGAUCCCUUUGGCUUGACAAAAAUCAAAUAGGCAAGUAUUAAUGAAUGUCUGUCCCAGGGAAAAUUGAUUCAAGAUAUUGUUCUUAAAAUAUGCCUUCGAACAUUUGUUUUGAGCUUCUCAUAUUCAUUUCCCCACAGAGUUUCUAAACUAUGCAUGGUUAUACCGUCCACAAGGCAGUGGCACAUCCCAUUCCUAAGGGCUAUCUUCCUUAAAGGUACAUCUCAGUGAGCACUUACCCUAUUUCCAUAGCUGUGUGAUUUGUGAUAACAUGGUCUCCUACUUGCAGUUUAACCAAAAUGUGGCUGGUAAAUCACACACUGACUCCACAUGGCAUCAUGGCUUUGAUUUCCUUUGUUUAAGUUAACAUACAAGUUCACAAUAGUCACCAGGCAUAUCAGGACGGGCCAAUUCAUUUCUUACUGGCAAGAGAUAAGUAUUGGAAGCAAAUCAAUACAUGUUAAGCCUAUGUAAAACCUAGAACAGAGAGCCUAAUUCAUCUUCUACACACUGCCCUGAGACCCUAAGAUAACUCCUGUGGUUACACAAGAGAGCACCAGAGUAUCAUAUUUUCAUUGUAGUAGAUUAGCAAGUCUCUUUUCAGUAUUUCACUGAUAAAACUAAUCACUGUGAACUCUGCAUUUGAAGCAAAAUGAGUCCUAUAAUUUGCUUUAUUUCCCCAAUGGAAUGACUCAGAUAUGCUUUUUACUUGGUUAGCCUUAAGUGUUUAACAGGAAAUGGGACAGAUAUUGUCAAUGGCAAAUGGACCAUUUCUGGUUGCAUUACAUGAAAAUGCAUUCAGAGAAACAGCCGAAGGCAAAACUACACUAGCAGAUAAUAUUAUAACUGAACCUAAUGAGAAAGGGAGAGAAUAGAUCCAUAAAUGUAACAGUAAAAAAAAAAAAAAAAAGGUGUUUCUUGUUUUAAAAAACCCAAACCUUAAAAUGAAGGGCACUAGUCAUACUCUGAAACUCAUUUUCAAGCUUUACAGUUUCAUUUGCAUGCCUAUUUCACAAGGGCUAUGAAUCAAUUUUACCUUGAUGAAUUAGACAGUCGUUUUCCUUGUUCAUAAUAUUGUGCCAAAACCUUAACUUGAAGUGAAAUGGAAAAACUAUAUGUCAUGAGAAUCGUUCAAAGGAUUAACCCCCCCCCCCCAAAUAAAAAAAUGCUACCAAUGAAAUUUUUCUGUGAAAAUUUUUGGGGUUACUAAUGUCAUUAUUUUAAGUUUAAGUGAAAAGACAUGUUUUAGGAGAAACUUAAUGGAGGGCAAAAGAAUCAGAAAGAGCUGUUAGGGAGCUACAGUUUUAGUUAGAUAUAACUAUACAGAUAUAUAACACACACAUUCAUCCCUCAUAUUUUAGAAUGGUACUGCCUCGUGAAAAGAAGGCAAUAAAACUAAUAUUACCUGAUAAAACAUCUGUUUCUUUUAAUACUAUUACAUUCCCAGAAUUGUGCAGAAAUUAAAGGAUAUUUUAGGAUGGGCUGUGGCAACCUAAUAAAGUUGCAGUUCUACCUGUUUCCUUCCAUAAAGAGUUUUUCAUCCAGGAAUUUUCAGACACAUAACCCAGAGAAAAUUGGCAACUACAGAAUACUGAUGCUUUGUCAUACAAGAUAAAACUCAUUUUUUUCCGGCUGUAGCUGCCAGGUCUGCCCCCUCUCAAACCAACAUGCUAACCUGUGCAGUAACUAGAAGUCACUCAAGGCUAAGGACAUAUCCAAAAAUAGCAAAUAAUGCGUAUAAUACUUUAGAGGAUCAGAGAAAAAAACAGGGCUGAUCAAAAGAAGUCAAGUGAUUGGAUGACCUGUUGGGAUAAGGAGUUGAGCUUUCAGUAGUUCCUGCAGCCAGUAGUACAAGGGCAGCACACAAACCUGGCCCACACUGAGAUAAUGCAAGUCCCCAGGCUGUAGAUAUAAAACCAGCAGAGUGAAUAACGUCAGAAACAAGGCUCACACUCACUGCUCUGGAUCUGCAGAAGAUGCCUUUCUGGCGUCUUGUUCUGGGGUGUGACAGUGAGUAGUUUGUAUUUUCACAGGGCUGCCUUAUGGUAGAUAUCAUUGCAUUUGUCAGUUUUAAUGAAUAAAAUUAAUUUUAAAGAAAAUGUGCAAUUCCCUUGAUCUUUCACUAUCCACCCCAGCCUGUCUUGUUCCCCAUAUGUUCUUGGGUUGAACAGAUCACUGAGAUUUUUGGUGGACCAGCCUACUACACCUUUAUUAUACCUCUCUUGCCCUUCCCUCAUUACCUGUUCUUUGUCCAGGUUGAUCUGUUCUUUAAAAAACUUAAAGCCUUUUCCUAGCUGUCCCCUUGAUUUUGAUUUUACUGCAAAGUUAUUGCUAAACUAUCUAGUUUUAGUCAUAUCAGAAAGUGAUUAAUUUACUUCAGACCUGAGCAAAAAAUAAAUACAAUGAUAAAAUAAGAAAUUUUUCUUAUUAUCACAAGAAACACUGAUGAAAAAAUUUAUGUGAAAGCACGAAAACCAUAUCUAUGUACAAUAAAAAACCAGUCAGAUGUUCUUGAUAAUUUCAAUAGGUAAAAGUGAAUUCUAUAUAUUGUUUCAGUCAGCUGGGGCUUCUUGUAUGCAAAAGUCACUAGAGGAUUGAGUUGCAACUCUAUUUUCGGUCAUAUAUUUUACCUUGAUGAGAGCUAGUAAAACAUAAAAACAUUUAACAUAAAAGAUUAUGUCCCACAAGUAGCUUACUAAGAAAUACGGAUACAAGGAAAUGAAGCUCUUCAAGUUCUGAGUGGUCUGUGCUGAAGACUCAGAGUGUCUUUUGUUGUAAUAUGAGUCUUAUUUGUAAAAAAGAGAAUUGCUGCCACUUGUAUUGAAAAUUAUUCAAAUUUAUACAGCAGACUAAUUUAGCAGAAAAGGAAAUAUGGUUCUUCUGUAUUAGGUACAGAGUUAUAUUAUGCUUUUAAAAUGUAUAAGCUCAGAGGAAUAUUAUAAUGUUAAUUUGGAUAGUGUUUAAAAGGUAAUUACUUUUAUACAAUAAAAUAAGAAG